AUCGAAUACUUCAUAAGGGAAUAGAAUUUUUAUUUAUUCUAAACUGUUCCCUUAAUUUCUUCAUCGAUUCUGAACAGGAUACCAGAAAAUGUAUCAAACUACUUGAGUAUUAUGAUCAACCCAGUCCUUAGUUAAUAAAGAUCUCAGCUCUGAGUCGUCGAAAUAUUUAAUUAGCAUAGCAUUUGAAGUCAAAAGAUGAGCCUUUUCAAACUUGUCUGUCGCUAUCAAACCAUUAAGUUCAAAUUGGAUAUUCGUUUCAGAGCGUUAUAUAAGUGGAGCUAAUUUUACAAGAUUUCUCACGGCUUACACCUAUACCCAAGUCUUAUUUUUUACUUAUAUCUAGUAUACUAUACUUAAAUUCGUGAUAGCAUUCUGUUUAAAUAAAAUUAAGUGGAUGAAAGCUAAAUAAACAGAAAAAGCGAUAAAAGGAAAGAUAAGGCGCUAAGAAGUAAGGAAACGAGUUGGAGCUUUUUGAGCUUUAGAGAGCUUAGCGAAAACCUUUCUGCAAACGAAAGUUGGAGCACUUUCACACACCUUCGAGGCUAAGUACUGAAAAGCUUUGCCGAUGCCUUAAAUAUUUAUAAGCACGAUUUAGAAUGUUCCAACAAAUAACUCAAAAGCAAAGCUUGGUACUACAGUUCUUACUACACUUACUUUGCGCCGACGUGGUGUACACCAAUUUGGCAACACCAAAACAAACGUUGCUAACGAAGCUGCAGCCGAAGCCAAAUGGGCCCGAAAACGCAUUCAAAAGCUGUUACCAAAACAAGUGUCAGUGCAAAAAAGAACUAAUCAAUUGCUAUUUGAGCGACCUUAAUGGUGCGGUGACGCUUACUAUUUCUUGGGAUUUGGGAAAAGACAAGAUAACGAUGAAAUGUGAAGGCGCGACCGAAAAUAUAGACCCGCUGUUAAGUCAAGUAACGCACGAAUUCGUAUAUAACAAUACCUACUACGAUCUGACCAAUUGUCAACAACUGCCCGCUAUGCUGCGGCGCCCGAACAUCACUUACGUGGGUCAUGUGUCAUUUACUGCCGAUGUAACGGUACCUGAGCGUCUAUUUUCGCAUACAAACGGUUUGUUGUUGUUAGUGUUUAAUAUAACUACGUCGGAUUCGGAAGUCAGCUUGCCAGUGCAACUUUUCCACCAACUAACGGAACUGAGAGAGCUGGAGUUGAUAGUUGUAAGUGACGCGCCAGCGAUCACCAUACCUGUGGAACUCUUUCAUAAACUCGAAACUUUAGUAAUACUCUCGAUUUACGUGUAUAACGCUGACACAGGCUACUACGAAAAGCUGAACUCGCAACGCACGUCGGCACAAAAUUUAACGAACACACAUUUUCGUGAUUGUCAUGCAUUGAGGAGUCUCCUGCUGGAUGCGAAUCAGCUGAAGAAACUGCACCCAACAAUUUUCAACACACUGCACGAAUUGAACCAUUUGAGUUUGAGUUUGAACGAGUUGCAAAGUUUACCCGAAGAUCUAUUCGCCGCGCAACACAAAUUGGUCAUACUCGACUUGAGUAUGAAUGCUUUGAGUGCACUGCCGCCGCGUAUAUUCGCGCAUACUCCUCUGUUAUGGAAAUUACAUUUAGCCGAAAACCGUUUUUACACGCCUACCAAUAUCAUCGCCGCGUUGCGCUCUCUGCACUAUCUCUACAAACUCGAUUUGGAUAAUAAUGCGCUCAGCAGCAUUUGGGGUACCGGCAUAUACAGCAAUCGGACGCUAUUAACACGCAGCGAUAUUAGAGAUCCAGCAACGCUACCCGAAUUCCCUGAGUAUGUGAGCAUUGAGCGCGGCGCUUAUAAUGAACGUGAACUUAAUAUGACCGUUAUAAGCUUACGCCGAAAUCAAAUUACGCACUUCAAUUUUGAUUGGGUUAGUGGCGCUGAUGGGUUAGCUUGCCCUUAUGAGCUGAAUCUCUCGCGUAAUAAAAUUAAAACUAUUUACGCCGCUAGGCGGCCGUCGAGCACUAAAGGCAAGUGUGCGCGCACAUUGAAUUUAAAUUACAAUCAUUUGCACUGUGAUUGCAAACUUGCUUGGUUGUAUAGCAGCGAUUUUCUAACGAAAGAUGUUGACUGGAGUUGUGCAACGCCAGCGUCAUUGGCGCGUAAGCCACUCAAAAAGUUGCAGCGCAGCCAGCUCUGUCCUUGGACACCGACUUUUUGUCCUGCAGGCUGUGAGUGUGACUAUGACACACAAGCGCUUGUUGUGAAUUGUACGAACGCGCAUCUUGAGGGCAUCAUGCAACUGCCACAUGCCGCGCAGUUUGCGCUUAACAGCAGCGCGCUUUACAUCGAACACAAUAACUUCUACGAACUGCCCGCGAAUAUUACGGUCGGUUACGCGGACGUGACACACAUCCACGCCGCGCAUAAUCGGCUUGUCGCUCUGCAGCCAACGCAUUUACCGCACAAUCUAACGACGUUGGAUGUGCGCGACAAUCAGCUGGAGCGUUUAAGCGUUGAUUUUCUACGCGCAUACCUAAAUGAGAGCGCAACAUUAGAAGCCUUAUAUCUCGGUGACAAUCCGUGGUUAUGCGAUUGCGAGUCGGAGGAGCUGUUGCGUGUGGUACGCUUACAGCGCGCGCGCAUACCCGAUGCCAGUAGUUUAAUGUGCGCAAAUUUUGCGAAUGUCACGCUGUUGAAUGCGCGUUUUGAUGAAAUAUGUAAGACACCCUUUCUGUAUGCCAGCUUGUACGCGCCGCUUAUUGGUGUGUUUAGCACUUCUGUACUUAUACUAGCGCUCGUUGCGCUCUUUUACAAAUACAAGUUAAUGGUGAAAAUUUGGUUCUUCGGUCACAACAUAUUUUUAUGUUGCAUCAAGGAGCACGAGUUGGAUAAGCAUAAAACUUUCGAUGCCUUCAUUUCGUAUGCGCAUCAAGAUCAGCACUUUGUCAAUACCGUGUUGAUACCGGGCUUGGAGCAAGGUCGCACACAUUUUCGCAUUUGCACACACGAACGAAAUUGGCUCGCCGGCGUUUAUAUACCCGAGCAAAUAAUGGAAUCUGUUGAGCAAUCGUGUCGCACGAUUAUUGUGCUUUCACAACAUUUCAUCGAAUCAGAUUGGGGGCGCUUGGAGUUUCGCACCGCACAUCAGUGCGCUUUGAAUGAAGGUCGCACGCGCAUAAUUAUCAUAAAGUAUGGUGAGCUUACGGAUUUGACGCGUCUGGAUAAUGAAUUGCUGGCCUACAUGAAAUUAAAUACCUACUUGGAAUGGGGUGAUACAAGAUUUUGGCCUAAACUACGUUACGCUUUGCCGCAUAAAUUUGGUGUGGUUAGAAAAUCAGGCAUGUUGGAAGUGGGCAGAAAAGUCUAUGUGCAAGAAGGCUUAGAGAUGAAUGAAUUAUACAUUUAGUAUGGUAAAAUUAUAUGUAAUAAAAAUAUAUAUAUAUAUACGUAUAACAAUAGUUGAGUUAUAAUAUUUGCUAAUAAAAUUUAGUAUAGUUGGGGUGAAGACAA